AGGGGUAAACAAGGAAGUAAUUAACAAAACAGUGAAUGAACCGAGCUCUGCGUCUUUCGUGUAGCCUUCUCACGAGUAAAAACCUGUGUGUAUACACGUACUCAAGCACUUAUAGGGUCCUAACCGUUUUCAGGACCAAGAUUAGUUAUCGUGUAGUUUAAAGCGCACUGGGAUUUCGUUAAUGUUUAAGGUAACGCUUGAGAACGCACGACACCGUCCUUGAUUUCUCCACGUAAAGUCUCACUGCGUUUGACCUGCUUACAAAAGAAAGUUCGCUGUAAUGUAUUUAGAUGAGAUAUGGUUUAUCAUCAGUGCUUAUAAAUGCCUUAAAAUGCACUGCAUUCUAGUAAGCAGUAUCUAACCCAUCCCAGAGUCACACUGACCUUUAUUAUCCUGUCAAGUUAAAGACACACCUAUAAAGCAAAGUCUCAACCUCACAGAUCCUCAUUCUGUUCUGCAAGGUAAUAUGCGAGAUGCUAGACUAUGUACGAAAUAGCCCAAAUUAGCAGGAAUCCGCUAUAAUGUCAUCGCCUGUGGAUGUUAUCGUGGUUGGAGCUGGUAACAGAGGGGAAAACUAUUCUGGCUAUGCUGUGAUUUUUCCUGACCGCAUGCGGGUAGUGGGAAUUGCUGACCCUAGGGAUUUCGCUCGAAAGAAACUUCAGGCACAUCACAAAGUAUCCGAUGAGAACACUUUCAGUGAUUGGCAUUGCAUAGCAGAGCGGGAGAAAUUUGCAGAUGCGGUUUUAAUCUGCACUCCUGAUCGUCUUCAUAAGGACCCUGCUGUGGCUUUAGCUAAGAAAGGCUACCAUGUACUGCUGGAAAAACCAAUGGCUGUUACCGAGGAGGACUGCACAGAGAUUGUAGAGGCGUGCAUUCAGAGUGGCGUCAUGCUCGCAGUGUGUCACGUUCUCCGAUACGAUCCUGUCAUCCACAGAAUUAAAGGGCUGAUUGACAGUGGAGUGAUCGGGGACGUCAUCCACAUUCAACAUCUGGAGCCGGUGGGGUUCUAUCACUUUGCUCACUCCUUUGUCAGAGGGAACUGGAGAAACGAGGAAGAGAGCUCUUUUGCUCUGUUAGCCAAAUCCUGCCAUGAUUUGGAUCUGAUUCAUCACUGGGCUGCUGGACGAAGGUGUGUUAAAGUUUCGUCAUUUGGGUCUCUUAGCCACUUCACAAAAAAGAACAAGCCAGCGAAUGCUGCAGAUCGCUGUUUGGACUGUCCUGUAGAGGGAGAUUGUGCGUACUCUGCAAAGAAAAUCUAUUUGGAUCAAGUGAAAAGAGGUGCUGUUGGCUGGCCAGUGUCAGUGAUUUGCUCCAGCUCAGUUCCUGACAUCGAGUCUGUGAGUGAAGCGCUCAGAACAGGACCUUACGGCCGCUGUGUGUACGAGUGUGACAAUGACGUGUGCUCCAAUCAGGUGGUGAACAUGGAAUUUGAGGGAGGCUUGACUGCUGCUUUCACUAUGGUAGCAUUUACAGAGGAAAUAUGUCUACGCAAAACUUCGAUCCAUGGUAGUAAGGGGGAACUGUCCUACGAUGGAUAUGAAAUCAAAGUGUUCGACUUCCUUACCAGAAAGACCACAAAAUACACUGCAGAUAUGAGAGUUCCAGGUAAAUUUGGUACUGGCGGUCACGGGGCAGCUGAUUAUCACCUUAUCGACUCCUUCAUCGCAGCUGUGAAGCACGAGGACCCGUCUCGGAUUAGGUCAGGCCCUAUGGAGACGUUAGCAAGUCACAAACUAGUGUUUGCAGCUGAACGCUCCCGUUUGGAAAACAAAGUUGUCUACUGUGAAGAGAGCCAAUGAAUGUGUAUGCGAAAACUAAAUCUGCAGUGUUUUUUUUUUUUUUUUUUUUUUUUUUUUGUAUAUUUCACUACAUCUUCACAUCGUCUUUGAACUCAUAAUUAUAUUUUUUUAAUUAUUCUGUGGUUUUCAAGAUAGAAGAACUUUAUCGAAUGUGUUUUCUUAAUAUAAUCAUGUCUGUUUUAUUCAGAUGAAUCAUAAAACAGUAAAUGUUGAAUCAUAUUUAUUGAGUUGUAUGUAACCUAACGUUUACAUUUUAAAUGUACCUAGAUCAAGUAGAUCAAGUCUGGAAUUAUUAAUUACCUAAAUGAAUUCUUUGAAUUUUAUCACCUUUUGUUCGGUUUAAAAUAGAUUAACUUUAAUAUUGCAAGUGCAAAAACAUCCUGCAUAAUAUAAAGUUGCUAUUGCUACUAUUUUUAUUCUGUGACUUUGUCAGCAAAAAACAAGCAAACCGUUACAUCAUUGCCCAUAUAAGGUCUUUCCAGGAAAUAAUUAUACUUAAUAUAUCAGCAAAAUACCUCAAACAAGAGGCGGAGUAACUGUAUUCUUAUUACACAGCAAUAUAUGUAUUAGUAGUCAUCAAAACUUGUAUGUUUGCAUACGCCUAGAAGACUACAUUCCAGAUCUUCAGCUGUUUAAAUUCAUAAAAUAGAUCAAUUAAUACUGAUGGUGUGUGAGGAACCAAACCAUUUAGCACCGCGUUUUAAAACAGCAGCAAUGACAAAUGACGACUGAAAUAUGCUACACGAAAUGUAAACUUUGACAAUGGUAAUGAAAUAGUCUAGCCUAAAGUUAUGUAAUAGCAAUUUUUACAUUAGUCACUAAAUGUAAAUGACGUUUUAGAGUUGGGAGAGGUGGCUUGUCACAGUGAGCUGUUGGGUGUCACGACCUUGCCGUCCACGCUUGUUAGUUUGCUGGCUUUGUUACUGGAACAGAGCAUUGUGUUUGACGACAUUAAAACAAUUAUACUACAUUUUUUAAGGUAAGUGGUUGCAAGGUGAUUUGAUAUCUUACCCUAAAAAAAUCUCAUUUUGAAUGCUAAAAAAGAAACCUUUAUAAAUGUCUUUAUUAACACCUGAACACCAUGUACGUAAAUUGGCACAUUAAAUAUGUUUUACAAAAUAAUAAACUGUUGUAAAAUACA